AUGAAGUACCAUAAGGCAGUUACGGCGUUCCAUAUGUCAAUAAGAAAUAAAACAGAACUGGAUACAAGUAGCAAAAUUUCGACGAUGUUAGAAGUUAUUCCUGAUCUCUCAGUCUUAGAUGCACUGCCAUCACAAAGGUUACUUAAUACUCAUUGUUCAUUUAAAUAUCUACCAAAGAAGCAUAUCGAAAAUAGAUGCAAGAUUAUUCAUAUUAUUAGAAACCCGAAAGAUGUCUGUGUCUCGUUUUAUUAUCACGCAAAGAGUGACCCCGUACUGAACUUUACUGGAUCCUGGGAUGAUUUUUUCAAAAUGUGGAUGUCAGACAAAUGUGCCUAUGGAUCAUGGUACAAUUAUGAGAAAGAAAUGGAACAAGCAGAAAAAGAUUUUCCUGGCAUGAUAUUUACUUGCUACUUCGAAGAAAUGAAAAAGGAUAGUAAAAGAGAGAUACAGCGAUUGGCUAAUUUUCUAGGUAUACCAUGCACCGAAAAGACUAUAGAAAAUAUUGCCGGAACAACGUCCUUUAAUAAUAUGCAGCAAAAUAAACUAGAUAUCACGAAAGUAGUUUCUGGAAAAGGCUUCAUUUAUAGAAAGGGUAAGAUAAUUGCUUUGUUUCCACCAUCCGUAUGGGCUGAAACUCUAUCUACCACAAGACGUAACAGUAACGAAGCAGAAGCAUAA